UUGCAGGAAGCGCUGCCUACUCUUGAAAGCACCUUCUCUGAAAAUCCGUACCCAACGCGGGGCGAGAAGGAACGCUUGGCCCUGUUAACAAGCAUGGAAUAUAGGCAGAUUCAUGUCUGGGUAGGUAUUCCGCUUAUGAGAGACGGCACGCCCUUUACGCUCCUCUACCAGUUUCAGAAUCGCAGAAAUCGGUCCAAAAGGGAUGGCCAAGUCUUAAAGAAAGGCACCGUUUUUCACUCGGUGCGGAACAAAACUACCACCAAAACGAUACAGCUCUCGCAUCUUAGUCAAUCGAUCAUUCAGAUGUCCGGAACAGAUUCUCGGUGCUCCAGUCCGGGCUUAAUUCACUGUAGUGUUGAGCGCAUUUCGUCGGU